GACGACACGUUGGGGCGAAAAGCAUGGCGGACGACGUUGUGGAGAGCGUGAAGCCAAACACAGACGAAACGGUCGAAAAUUCAAGUAGUGAUGAAGAUAACAGUCUUUUUAAUAGCGGCGAGAAGGACGAGACAGUGAAGACCUUCAAGGAUCUGGGUGUUACUGAGGUUCUGUGUGAGUCUUGUGAUCAGCUGGGAUGGAAGAAUCCAACAAAGAUUCAGAUAGAAGCUAUACCUGUAGCUCUGCAAGGGAAGGAUAUUAUCGGCCUGGCAGAGACCGGCUCAGGAAAGACAGGAGCCUUUGCUCUGCCCAUCCUGCAGUCCCUGCUGGCCUCGCCCCAGAGGCUCCACACCCUCGUCCUCACUCCCACCAGAGAGCUGGCCUUUCAGAUCUCUGAGCAGUUUGAGGCUCUGGGCUCCAGCAUCGGAGUUAAGUGUGCUGUUAUUGUUGGAGGAAUCGAUAUGAUGUCCCAGUCCUUGGUGUUGGCUAAAAAACCACAUAUUGUUAUUGCCACACCUGGGCGACUGAUAGACCACAUGGAGAACACAAAGGGAUUCUCCCUACGGGCUCUCAAGUUCCUGGUCAUGGACGAAGCAGACAGAAUCCUCAACAUGGACUUUGAGACUGAGGUGGAUAAAAUCUUGAAGGUGAUUCCCAGAGAGAGACGAACCUUCUUGUUCUCUGCUACCAUGACUAAAAAGGUCCAGAAACUACAGAGAGCAGCUCUGAAAGAUCCUGUCAAGUGUGCGGUAUCUACCAAAUACUCCACAGUAGACAAACUGCAGCAAUACUACGUCUUCAUACCAUCCAAGUACAAGGACUGUUACCUGGUCUCCAUCCUGAACGAGCUGGCCGGCAACUCAUUUAUGAUUUUCUGCAGCACGUGUAACAACGCCCAGCGGGUGGCGCUGUUGUUACGGAACCUGGGCAUCACUGCUAUUCCUCUUCAUGGGCAGAUGAGUCAGAACAAACGUCUCGGAGCGUUAAACAAGUUCAAGUCCAAGUCUCGAUCGGUGCUGCUGGCGACGGACGUGGCGUCCAGAGGACUGGACAUUCCUCAUGUCGACUGUGUCAUCAACUACGACAUCCCCACUCACUCCAAGGACUACAUCCACAGAGUGGGACGAACAGCCAGAGCAGGGCGUGCUGGGAAAUCCAUCACUUUUGUCACACAAUAUGAUGUGGAGCUUUUCCAGCGUAUUGAAAGCCUGAUUGGGAAGAAACUUCCUGCCUUCCCCACCCAGGAGGAGGAAGUGAUGAUGCUGGUGGAGAGGGUGAGCGAGGCCCAGAGGUUUGCCAGGCUGGAAAUGAAAGAGCAAGGUGAGAAAAGGAAAAGGCCCAAAGGAAGAGAUGGAGACGACGAUGACACAGAACAAGCAAGCGGGGUGAGGAAGAAAGUAAGAGGAGGUGGAGGAGGAGGGAGCUUUGGAGGAGGAGGAGGAGGACGGAGCUUUGGAGGAGGAGGUGGAGGAAGAGGAAGAGGAGGAGGGAUGAAGAGGGGUGGAGGAGCCAGGAGGGGACGACACUGAAGCCUCCCACAUUAACAGACUGUACAUAACCACAACAUACAAUGCCUUUCUUGUUUUUGAUCAUGAAGACAGCAUGUUUUCCAUAAUUUAGUAUGGAAGCUAUUUAAUUACAGAAAACAUGCUUUUCCUGCCCCUCUGUGAGAUGUUUCACUUUGUAAUAAAAAACACCAGUGUAAA